UUUUUUUCAUUGUGUAAUUGGAACCAGCUGGAAUUAAAAACGGUUUAAUCUCCCUUGGUCAUUAUUUUUUUAAUUUAAUUUAAGGACGUACACAGAAAAAGGAGCAAAUAAAUGAGUUCUUCCACCGACCGGCGGUGUAACGUUGCAGUUGGUCCCAGGAAUGGAGCGGCAGAAGGGGUAAAAGUCUGCUCUCCUGACCAAGGCCUCGAUGAUUCAUUGGAUGGGAAUGUUCAGUCCUUCCUUAUUGAUGAAGAACAACUACACACUUUUGAUGACCUCACCAAAGUUAACCCUGUGACUCCAACAACAGUGCUAAAAUGCCUGCAGGCCAGGUACAGUUUGAAGGUCUUUUACACCCAUGCUGGCUGCACCUUGGUGGCUCUGAACCCUUUCCAGCCCAUUCCAGACCUUUACUCUGUGGAUGUGAUGAGGGAGUAUCACUACGCCACUCAGCCUCAGGAAUUCAAACCUCAUAUCUUUAAUGUGGCGGAGGAGGCUUACAGGAAUGUUCAGGGUCAGCUGGAGCCGGUGAACCAGUCGUUGGUUGUUAGCGGUGAGAGCGGAGCCGGAAAGACAUGGACGUCUCGUUGCCUGAUGAAAUACUACGCCACCGUGGCAGCCGCCCCCCCAGCUGUGAGGAGUCAGGACACAGUGGAGAGAAUAGAGAGGAGAGUGCUGGACUCCAAUCCUCUGAUGGAAGCUUUUGGCAACGCUUGCACGCUGCGGAACAACAACAGCAGCCGCUUCGGAAAGUACAUCCAGCUGCAGCUAGACAGGGGGCAGCUGUUAGUUGGGGCUUCGGUGCAGACGUACUUGUUGGAGAAAACGAGGGUGGCCAGUCAGCCUGCCAACGAGAGGAACUUCCACAUCUUCUACCAGAUGAUGAAAGGAGCCACAGAUGAGCAGAGGAAGGAGUGGAACAUGGCGCCUAAUCAGCGCUUUGUGUGGCUGCCUAAUUGUGAAAAACAAAUUGAAGAGGAUAGUUUUCAUGAAACCGUGGAGGCGAUGGUUCACCUUGGGAUUAAAGCAGAAAGGCAAAGACAAAUUUUCAGGAUUUUAGCCGGGAUUCUGCAGUUGGGUAAUGUGAGUUUCUGCUCUUCAACGAAUGAAUCCCAGCCCUGCGACCUUGAUGAACUCUCUGAAGUCUACUUGCAGAGGGCUGCGGAGCUGCUGGCGGUCCCGGCAGAGGAGCUCCAAAUGUGUCUAAGAGUGAGGAUGCUGAAGGCAGGGAAGCAGAACGUCUUAAAGCCCUGUUCUCAAGCAGAGUGCGGAGUGAGACGGGACUGCCUGGCCAAAGUCAUUUACGGACGGUUAUUUGAAUGGUUAGUGACCUUCAUCAACAGCUGCAUAUGUGCUGACAAAUCCAAAUGGUCCAACUUCAUAGGAGUCCUGGAUGUUUACGGCUUUGAGUGUUUUCACAUCAACAACUUGGAGCAGCUGUGCAUUAACUACGCCAAUGAGAAACUCCAGCAGCACUUUGUGUCGCAUUACCUCCGUGCUCAGCAGGAGGAGUACGUGUCUGAGGGUUUGGAGUGGUCCUUUGUUAAAUACCAAGACAACCAGAGCUGUCUCGAUCUUUUAGAGGGCAGCCCUGUCAGUGUGUUUUCUCUUCUUAACGAGGAGAGCCGUCUGAAUCGGAUCUCAGACUCGAAAACGCUCAAGGUUCGUCUGGAGAAGGAGCUGAGUGGAAACCGCAACAUCAGCUGGGACAAGUUCAGUCAGGUGCCGCACUUCACUGUGACCCAUUACGCCGGUAAAGUUAGCUACCAGAUAGAAGGCAUGGUGGAGAAAAACAAGGACCCGGUCCCACCAGAACUGGUUGGCCUGCUUCAGCAGUCGGACAAUCCCCUCCUCCACGAGAUCUUCGUAGACCAGGAGUCUGGAAUCCCAAACACGAAGGGGCUCAGUAAAGUUACUGUGGUCUCCAAGUUUAAGAACUCACUGGAGAACCUGAUGAAGCUCCUCCUCACCACAGCUCCUCAUUACACCCGCUGCAUCAAACCCAACGCAGACUGCAGGCCGCUGAGCUUUAAGGAGAAGGAGGUCAUCCUACAGCUGGAGGCCUGUGGGAUCGUGGAGACCAUUCAUAUAAGUGCUGCAGGCUUCCCCAUAAGAAUUCCUUUCAAAAGCUUCCUCCUGCGUUAUGGAAUAAUCACCAGAUGUUCAUCAGCAGGGCGUAUCGAUCCCGACGUCGACAGCACCAGCAUUCUCCAGCAAGAGGUGGAGAAGCUCCUGGGUGUGGCCCUCCAGCACCAUGCGUCCGGUGCCGACCGCAGGUCUCUGGUGCACUGUGGAAGGACUAAAGUUUUUCUCACCCAGCCCAUGCUGGAUCUGCUGGAGGAUCAGCGAAUGAACAUCCUCUCUCGAUGCGCCUUCACCAUUCAGAGUUGCUGGCUGCGAUAUCGGCGACGCAGACGCCUCGCCCGCCGACACUCUGCCACUUUAAUCCAAGCAGCUGUACGGUCCUGGCUGGUCAGGAAACGGAUCAAGAGAUGGAACAGAUCGGCCUCUGUGAUCCAAAACACAUGGAAGAAAUGGAGGACAUUGUUGAAAUCCUUAGCUGAAGCAGAACUGGAUGAUCCAACGGAUCUCGUAGAGGAGGACACCCCAGAGUUGAACCCUGCUGUCAGGGAGCGGGGCUCCGUGCAGCUCCCCAGUGUACCGGAGCCCGUCCCUGUGUGCGGGUGGCCCUUGGGCCUGGCUCUGGCCUCGGCGCCGUCCAUCACCGUUUCCUUGACAGCCACAGGCUUUCAGAAAAUGGUAUCUGUGAUGACCUCCCUCAACCUACCAUCCAGGAGAGGCGAGUACAAAGUAAAGACCAACCAGUACAAGCAGGGGCUCGCCUCCAUAAGAGCUCAACCUAAGGGAUCUGUCAAGCUGCAUUAUCAGCGAUCCCCACUUCUUUAUGCCGACAUGCAGCCGGACCUGAAGAGCGACGUUACGGGGUUCAACGAGAUCCUGCUAGAGAAGACUUUAUAAGAACGUCAUAUCAUCUGAUCUCACACUAAAAAAUGACAAACCUGCUCUUUUAUUCUCCUCUGCAUUUAAUUCAGAAUAUUGAAUUGUGUAUCUGCCCAUGUAUUGCAGUUUUAAAUAACCUGUAUAUUUAAGAUUAUUUCCCAGCCAUGUUUAUAUGUGCCAUGCAUAUCUGAUGUAAACAUGAUUAUAUUUAUUGCAGCAUUUUCUAUUUUACAGAAGCACAAACUCAAAGCUGAUUGUAGUACCUAAAAUGUACUGCAGAUGGCACAAUUUAAGCACUUUAAAGAGUCAAAGCCUGCAGGAGAUUAUAUCUGUAAUUAUUAGGCCUUAUGUGGUGCCUUUUUCAAAAACCAUUUUAAUCACGAGCUUUGGAUUCAUGUAUCCAGGUAAUUAAAAUUUAAAAAAAAAAAUCAUGAGGAAUGAAACUUUUAGAAAUGUUUCAAAUUUCAGUACAUUAAAAUGAGCUGAAUAGGGACUCGCCUACAUCCUGCUCCUGGACACAAUGUGAACAAUUUAUCAACAAAAGGGCUGAUUAAAUAACCAAAAACAAA